CUUGAUGCGUACUUCGAAUUGGAACAGUACUUGGUCUCCGACUGAUGACGCAUCACGAGUACACGAGAACGCAAGUACGCACAAGUAUGCAUAUUGAGAAACGCCCAGCGAGAACAAGACAAGACCGAGGGAUCAGAGACCAAGACAAGACCAAUACCACGACCACGGAAAAGUGGUCUCCAGACAUCCAACUCUACUAUGGCGCACGAUUCUUCAUUUGGUGUCUUGAGUGCAAUAUUUUUAUAUUUCACAGGUACGAUGGUGAACAGCUAUGGUCUGCUAACUCUCCAGAGGGAACCAGUUCCUCUGAAAAGCAUUGAGGUGGAGCUGGAGGUGAGGGACCAUGUGGCUACAGUGGUCUCCACUCUGAACUACGAGAACAAGGAGGACAAACCAUUAGAGGCUGUUUUUGUCUUCCCUCUGCCUGGAGAUGCUGCUGUCUGUCAUUUCAGUGCUCAGAUUGGACAGACACAGAUUGUAGCUGAGGUGAAGGAGAAACAGAAGGCUCGUGAGGAGUAUGAUGAUGCUCUGAGCUCCGGUCAGCAGGCCUUCCUAUUGGAGGAGAGUGAUGAGAGUCCAGAUAUAUUCUCUCUGAGUGUGGGCAGUCUGCCUCCAGGAGAGAGCGCCUCCAUCAGGUUGGAGUACGUCACUGAGCUGGCUGUGCAGGCUGAUGAUGGUCUGAGGUUCUGUCUGCCUGCUGUGCUCAACCCUCGAUACCAACCUCAGGGUAGUAAAGGUGCAGGUGUCCAGGUGACUUCUGUUCCAGCCUCUCUGGUGCCCUACAGUCUGUCUUUUUCUGCCCGAAUCUCCUCUCCUCGUCCGAUCUCUAAAGUAGAGUCCAACUGUUCCCUGGACCCUCUGCAGUACCUCAACACUGAUCAAACCCAGGCCACGGUCAAGCUGGCUGCAGGACACAAGUUUGACAGAGAUGUUGAACUGCUGAUUUAUUACAAAGACGCCCACCAGCCCACUGCUGUGGUGGAGGCAGGACAGGCCUCUGCUGAGCCGGGCUCUCUGAUGGGUGAUCCAGUGGUGAUGGUGAGUCUGUACCCUGAGUUCCCCCAGUCUGUGAUGUCUUCAAUGGUUUCAUGUGGAGAGUUUGUGUUCUUAUUGGAUCGAUCUGGAAGUAUGAGCAAUACUCGCAUCCGCAGUGCCAAGGAUACUCUGCUGCUCCUGUUGAAGAGUUUACCAAUGGGCUGCUAUUUCAACAUUUACAGUUUCGGGUCCAGAUAUGAACACAUCUUCCCUAAGAGUGUGGAGUACAGCCAGCAGACCAUGGAGGAGGCUCUGAAGAAAGUUGAGCAGAUGGAGGCUGAUCUUGGUGGAACAGAGAUCCUGCAGCCCCUCAAACAUAUUUACAGCCAGCCCUGCAUUCAAAAUCAGCCCAGACAGCUGUUUGUCUUUACUGAUGGAGAGGUGGGGAACACCAAAGAAGUGAUCGAUCUGGUGAAGAAGAAUUCAGGUUCUCACAGGUGUUUCUCUUUUGGGAUUGGGGAAGGGGCCAGCUCUGCUCUCAUCAAUGGGAUGGCCAAGGAAGGAGGAGGUCACGCUCAGUUCAUCACGGGGACUGACAGGAUGCAACCAAAAGUGAUGCAGUCGCUGCGAUUUGCUCUGCAGCCAGCUGUGGUCGACAUCUCAGUCACAUGGGAUUUACCAAAGGAAGUGUCUGUCACUGUCCUCUCUCCACCAAUCACAGCACUUUUCCAGGGUCAGAGGUCACUGAUUUAUGCCCAGCUCACUGGACAGAGCUCAGAGGCAGCAGAGGGCUGGGUGACGCUGAAGUACAGCCUGGCAGGUCAUCCCUCUGAGAACCAGCUGCACUUCAGUCUCAGACCUGCAGAGGACACUGGACUAACAGUCCACAGGUUGGGUGCUCGGACUCUGAUUCGUUCCCUGGAGAUGGAGGAGAGAGAUCGUAGAGGACAGCAAGAUGGAGGAGUGAAGGAGAAGGUGGUGCAGCUCAGUGUCCAAUCAGGAGUGAGCAGUUCGUUCACUGCCUUUAUUGCUGUCAACAAAGACAAUAAUGAAGUGAUUCAAGGACCUCUUGUGCGCAGAAAUAUUCCAACACCCGGUACUUUCUCAAUUUUUAUGACUUCAGGACAACCUACGAGAAAGAGAAGAGAGUUGAGAACUGUCCCAGUGUCUGGCUCCCCGGUGAUGUGUGAGGAAAUGGAAACAGAUGGACUGAUGAUGAUGAUGAUGGAAGAAGAAAACCAGUCAAUAAAAUCUGCUGUGCCUGAGCAGCCACCCAGAGACCCUUUGCUGCAGUUAGUCUCCCUGCAGGAGGCGUCUGGCUGCUGGCUGCUUGAUCCAGCUCUGGCUGCUGCACUGGGAAAGACCAACGAGGAGGUGGAAAAGUCAAAGCCUGAAAAGGCCAGCAGCGAAGUGUGGGCCACCAUUCUGGCUCUGAUCUGGCUUCAUGGUUUCAAGAUGGAUGCAAAGGACGAGUGGGAGCUUCUGGCUGCAAAGGCUGCAUCAUGGCUCAGUGCGCAAAAUGCACCAUCUGUGACAGAGUGUGUGGAAGCCGGAAAUAGAUUGUUGGGUUGCAGUGUGCAAAAAACUGCCCUUGAGGUUUUUAUUAAACUAACAACUUCUUUACGAUUAUUACACAGAAGCAGAUUUACUCCAUACUUCAUCCACAUUAAUCUUUGCAUCGUCCAACUUUAUCUAAUGUGCCUUAUUUUAUGCUGCAUGUGCCCAAAGUCUGCUUUGUAGGAGGACCAGAGAUUAUUGCUUUUGUAUUCUCAUUUUAAUGUUGCUGUGUUUUAUUUAUGUAUUAUUUAUAGUAAAUAAAUCAAAGCACAGGUGAGUAUUUUUCCCUUCAUUU